AUGACAGUAGAUAUUCAUCUUUUGCCCAAUGUAGGGCGAGCAACCGCUGGGUUACCUCCUACAAAGAAGACUUCUUCUUCAGCUGGGAGGCUUCCAUUUCAAGCUCGCAACAUGAACACGAUGCGUUCCUCUGCCAACAGCUCGUCGGUAGAAGUCACCAAACCAGGGCUUUCUACUCUUGAGUCAUCAGGGAAUGACAUGAACAAAAAGUUGACCAGUUCUGCAUCAUAUCUACAAACUCGUCGGGGAAGCGAGAACAGCGAGGUUAGAGAAGGGGCUGCUGAUCCCCCAUCAACAGGUGAUCAACAACGGGUCCCUAGCUCUUCUGUCCCAAAGGCAGGAAUGUACAAACGGACAUCUUCAUCUUCCAGUUCUGAAAAGGGUGGGGAAGACGGCAUCAUCAUCGAGGAAAAAAGGAAAAAGGCCAGUGGGGACGGCUUCACUGUUCAUCGAUACAUGAGAGGAAAACUUCUUGGAAAGGGAGGAUUCGCAAAGGUUUAUCUGUGCACAGCUAUGGACACAAACAAGAUGUAUGCCAUCAAGAUUGUUCCAAAAGCAAAUCUUGUCAAAGCACGCGCGAGGCAAAAGCUUCAAGCGGAGAUCAAGAUUCAUAGAACGCUGAAACAUGAACAUGUCUGCGAAUACAAACACUUCUUUGAGGAUCGUCAAAACUGCUACAUCUUACUUGAGUUGUGUCACAAUCAAAGCAUGAACGAAUUGAUCAAACGGCGGAAGCGAUUGACCGAACCUGAAGCUGCAUUCUUCAUGAGACAGUUGGUUGAAGCUAUGCUAUACUUGCACCAUGAACAAUUAGUCAUUCAUCGAGAUCUGAAACUGGGCAAUCUAUUUCUAGACCGAAAUAUGAACAUCAAAGUUGGGGAUUUGGGUUUGGCUACGAGAUUGGAAAAUGCGGAGGACAAACGAAAAACCAUUUGUGGUACACCAAACUACAUUGCCCCUGAGGUUAUUCAGGGUGAUAAAGCCACCAGAGGUCAUUCAUUUGAGGUCGAUAUCUGGUCUAUGGGUGUUAUUCUUUACACAGUGAUGGUUGGUAAACCACCAUAUGAAUCAAAAGACGUCAAGUCUACUUACCAGCGGAUUCUGAACAACGAAUAUUCCUUUCCUUCAAAAGUUACCAUGUCCGAGAAUGCUAAGGGAUUGAUCUCGUCUAUGCUCCAAUCAAAACCAGCGGACCGUCCUAGUUUGAAUGAAAUUUCAAUGCAUCCUUUCUUCACCAACAGCUUCAUCCCUGGUUCCCUACCACAAAGUGUUACGCACGUUGCCCCAAAGUGGGACAGCGCUACCAUGGUUCAAAACUCUUCUAAUGGGCUCAAGAAAACAAUCCAACCUCUUGUUUCAUCAACUCGUGGCCCACUUGGGUACCGAGAUGUCAAUGUUGAUCCUGUUAAUUCUGAUCCUUUGAAGGCAGCAAAGUCACAUAUGCCAUCAAUAGAAGUUGUUAAGAAUGUUGUUUCAGCCGUAAUGGGAGUUGGAAGCACCAAGAACUCCGAGAAGCAGAGUGCAUUCAAUGUGUUCGAUGAGACGGAAGGCAAUAGAGACGAGGAGAUUGUUUCUCGUACUGCUGCAAUGUCAAUUCGUACGGAACCCAACGAGGUUGCACAACGACCUACUCCUGUACCAUCGCCUACCUCCGACGAUGCGUAUGUGUUGCAUAACAUGAUCGACAGGAUUGAAAGUGUGCUAGAGACGACAUCAAAACGCUCAUACGCUGACGUGGAUGUCAACUCAAUCAGUCUUCGCGCGAUGUCUACCGGUGGGCCAGACAAGUGGGUAUCCAGAUACGUUGAUUACACCAGCAAAUAUGGAUUGGGAUUCUUGUUAAGCGACGGCAGUUCUGGUGUUUACUUCAACGAUUCGACCAAAGCCAUUUCAGAACCGGAAGGUGAUUGCUUCCAAUAUGUUGAACGAAGCAAGGUCUCGGUGGAAACUUCGCGUCGUGGCGAACCAGUGGUUGCGUCACACCGCCUUGCCAAAUACCCUGAUAUUCUUCAAAAGAAGGUUACGCUUUUGAAGCACUUUCGAAAUUAUUUGAUUGAGCAGCAAAAGAAAGCAGAUGAAUUUGAGAGCAACACUCCUUCUUUGCCCGUAAACUCCGAUAAGCGGGAUAUGGUGUACCUGAAGAAAUGGGUACGAACCAAACAUGCAAUCUUCUUCCGGCUCAGCGAUAACACCGUGCAAAUCGUCUUUUAUGACCAUACGGAAAUUCUUCUGACGCCGGAUGAGCGCCACAUUACCUAUGCUGAUAAGCAAAGGCAGCGAAAGACCUACUACUUGACUGAUGAGCUUGUCGGAACAAACUCCGAAAUCAAUAAGCGUCUCAAGUACACCAAGGAAAUUCUCCUCCAGCUUGUGACUGGACGAUCCCCUCGUUGA